GUUUAAUUUCAGUUUUACAAGUUCUCCGUUAUUUUAUUCUUAUUUGAUUCUUAAAAUUUUAGAAAACACGAUUAUAAAAUGUUUACUUCUUAUUUAUUUUUGAUCAUAAUUAAAAUAUAUCAACUUUACGCAUUCUUGUUUCUCUCUUUAUAAAUGAUUUUUACAAUUUUUCCUUUCUAACACAUUGUUUUUUAUUUUGUCCAUAACAUUGUUAAAAUAUCCUAUAAAUUAUUUCGACGAGAAAGAAAGUCGACGAGAAGUUUUAAUAAAAGAGUAAACUCGAUUGAGAAAAUCGUCAGAUUAUAGAGGAUUAUUAAUACUUCAUACCAGUUUCAUCGUCUUUUCGAUCUAGUUGACCGCCAACGUGUCAGUGACUCCCAGCAUUCAACAGGUAUCUAUACAAUCGAUGUAUGUUUGUGUUCUGUACUAUCCCCGUGGUGGCGUUGUAUUGGUAUUAGUGAUCUGCGCUUCCUUCGAAGAGACGCUUGCGCCGGUAAGGCAGACUCACCGCGGUCCGUGGCUAUCCGUUAUUAGUACGCCGCCGACCGUCGAAGGUGGAUGGUCUUUUGUUUAUAAAUCGGGGCGGUCUAUUGUGUUAUUUUUGUUUAUGUGAUCAGUUUUUCUAUGAAAUAAAAUUUUCGAGUAAUCGAGUAAUCGACGUUUAUCGAUCGUAGACACGGAUGUAUAUCGUUCGCAAAAUCAUCGAUAAACGAAUCAUGGUGAUGGAAUCGCAUCGAUAGAAUUUUCGAUUUUAUUCAGUAUUCGAUUAUUAUCGAUACUGUACGUUGAAUCAGUUGUAUAUUAGGGUAUAGAAUGAGUGGAUUUUCGAAGCUUAAUAUUUGGUGGAUGAUACGUGUGCAGUUCAAAUUGUUUCUUGAUUUUUCAUCAUUCAAAGUUUAUUGUGAAAGCGAAUAAUGAGCUUGUCACGAGUAGAAUUAAAAUAAGUCAUGUGAUGGAGAAAGUGUGAUAUCGAGGAAUGUUUAUACGUAUAUUAUCUUCAGUGAAGUUGUGAAUUCUACGAGAAUGGUACACAUUGUAUGAAAUAUAAAGAAUAUUUUUUGGAAGAAAAAUUGAAUCACAAUAAUAUGCAUGCUUCGUUCUUCGUGAUAUUCGAGAAUUUUAUCAAGCAAAGCCAGUACCAUUCUCGAAGAAGUUAUUAACACGGGUUGUUCGAUAAUUAGAGGAAAUGAGAGAAAAGUAGGAAAGUGAAAACAAAAACGAAAGUGUGAACUGCAAUGUGCAAGAAAAAAAGUGAGUGUGCUUCUAUCAGUAAGAGAAACAUAAGAGAAACACGGCAACGAUGACGGAAGGCGGACCUAACAUAAGCGACCUGAUGACGAAGAACAAGCAACGGAAUUGGCGACGAUUCCUGGCCGGCUGCUUGGUCGCCGUGGUCGUGCUCGGCCUGGUCAUCGCGGCGACCGUUCUUUUGACCGGGAGCCCGGAUUCCUCGGCCUCGAGGACACCCCUCGCCUCCGGCAUUUCUCUCGAGGAGUGGCUCGCCGGCUCCUUAUCCCCGAAAAGCUUCAACGGGACAUGGAUCACCGGAAACGAGAUACUGUAUCGCGAUGAAAUUGGGAAUCUCUUGAUCUAUAACGUCACAUCGAGAAAGCCGAGGAAAAUCCUGGACUCGACCAAUAACGUGCUGAUAUUGAGUUUCGAUUACCAACUGUCCGCCGACCGGAAAUAUCUUCUGCUGGCCAUCAACUACCAGAAGCUCUAUCGACACACUUACCUGGCCAACUACAAGAUCGUGAACCUGGACACCUUAUCGGAGAGCUCGUUGCCGGGGAACGACUCGGUUUUUCUGCAACUGGCGAGCUGGGCGCCGCGCGGCAACGCUUUGGUCUACGUGUAUCAGAACAACAUCUAUUAUAGGCCGGAAGCGGAAGUGGCCGUCGACUAUCAAAUCACGGACACUGGAGUCGUCGGGACCGUUUACAACGGGGUACCGGAUUGGGUGUACGAAGAGGAGGUGUUCGGUUCCAACAAGGCUUUAUGGUUCUCGCCGAGCGGCAAUAAACUGGCCUUCGGUUACUUCGACGACUCCCAAACACCGAUCAUAACGAUACCGUUUUACGGUUACCCGGGCAGCAUGUCGUUCCAGUACACGACCGCGAUCUCGAUCCAUUAUCCCAAGAGUGGCACGACCAAUCCUACGGUGAAGCUGUUCUACGUCGACUUAGAGAAAGUGAUCCAAGGUAACACGAACUUAACUGAAAUCGAACAUCCGAACAAGUUAUCCACCGAGGAACGGAUUUUAUCCGCUGUUGCUUUUCCUACCGAUAAUCUCGUGUACGCGACCUGGAUGAACAGGGUGCAAAACAGGGCGUACUUCCAUUUCUGUUACGUCCACGGCCAUCUACCCAAUUGCACCACCGCGCUGACGCACAUAGAGAGCCACGGAUGGGUGGAACAGUUCGAGCCACCGAUGUUCAGCGAUGACGGGGACACGUUUCUUACGAUCUUGCCCAAAAAGCAACACGAUGGAAGUUACUGGAGGCAUGCAGUCGCAAUUACCAACGUUUCUUCCACCACGCCGAGGAAAACCGCCCUCACUUCCGGCCGCUUUGUCGUCACGGAGAUAGUUUCUUGGGACCAGAAGAAAUCGUAUCUUUAUUACCUGGCCACGACGGAAGAGGAAUCCGCGGUACAGCAUUUGUACAGGAUAUCGACGAAGGGCACGAGCGAUCGGAAGCCCAAGUGUUUAACCUGCGGUAUCGUUCGGGAAACGGACAGGAAUAGAUGCCUUUACAACACCGCCAAGUUUUCCACCGAUCACUCCAACUACGUGCUCACUUGUGCCGGGCCUGGAGUGCCCGACAUCUCCAUUUACAACAGGAAUUCCACGAAGAUGCUGACGUGGGAGGCGAACGAAGCAGUCUCCGAGAUUAUCGCGGAGAAAUCGCAACCGGUGGUGCGCCGUUUCAAGGUGCCGGUUCCCGGAGGAUUCGAAGCCCGUGUCAGACUUCUGAUUCCGCCGAAUGCUGAUUUGUCGGGCGCCACCAAAUAUCCCAUGCUGAUCUUCGUAUACGGUGGGCCAGAUUCGUAUCAGGUGACGGAGAAAUUCGAUGUCGAUUGGGGCACGUACCUUGUAACGAAUAAAAGCAUCAUCUACGCGACGAUCGACGGCCGUGGAUCCGGCUUAAUGGACAACGGCAUGCUAUUCGCCGGAUAUCGAAACUUGGGAACCGUGGAGAUCGCGGACCAGAUCAACGUUACCAGGUACUUGCAAGACAAGCUUCCAUUCAUCGACCGUACCAGGACGGCGAUAUGGGGUUGGAGUUAUGGUGGAUACGCGACGGGAAUGACGCUCGCCAUGGAUUAUCACGGAGUCUUCAAGUGCGGCAUGUCCGUGGCACCUGUAACAGAUUGGGCUCUUUACGACUCGAUAUACACGGAACGAUUCAUGGGUCUGCCUUCCGACAACUUGCACGGUUACGAGCAAGGUCAACUAUUGAACAAAGUGGAUAACAUUAAAACAAAGAUGUAUUACUUGAUCCACGGCACUCUGGACGAUAACGUGCACUAUCAGCAAUCUUUGUUGCUCGCCAAGGUUCUCGAGCAAAAGGAUAUUCUGUUCAGGCAACAGACGUAUACGGACGAGGAUCAUGGGAUAGCUCAAUCACGAGCUCAUCUUUAUCACUCGUUGGAAAAUUUCUUGGACGAAUGUUACGAAGCUUCAUGAUCACAGCGUCGAGGGAGAAUGACAAUCUAGAUCCUUUGCGCCACCUGCCUCACAUUCCACUUGUAAAUACCUUGCCACACUUGUACAUAUUCGAUGUACAAUAUGUAAUAUGAAGCGUUAGUGUACAUAAUUGAAAAAGGGGGAAAAAAAAAAA